AUGUCGUGCACAUUCAGGCGUCUCUACAGCUCCAGCUCUGCGGCCUCAACUGCGUCUCAAUUCCUGUCCAAGUCCCAGUCCCUUCCUCCAUACAAGCAAACACAACUCUUGGAUGCGAAUCAAUUGCAGCGAUUCUCCGCUACGCUUUCGAGAACUGAGCUUUCGAGGACCGUGCCGGAGAAUGGCACACCGCUACCUGCUUGCUGGCAUCUAGCCUACUUCACGCCGGCCCAGGUCGAGGAGGAAUUGGGAGCGGAUGGCACCGAUACCACGUUCAACCCGCCGCGGCCGUUCACGAGACGGAUGUGGGCUGGCGGAGAGCUGGAAUGGAUUGGGGGUGAUAAAAACAGAUUAAAAGUCGGGCAAGAGGUUACGGAGACUACAAAGUUGACGUCUGCAGAAGGGAAGAAGACAAGAGCAGGAGAGGAGAUGGUGGUGGUUGGCGUAGAGAAGACAUUUGAGAACGAGCAUGGAGUUGCGUUGAUCGAUCGAAGGAACUGGAUCUUUCGACCCGAAAUCACAAUACCGCAAGCUCCUGCCUCGAGACCACCCGAGGUUCCUCUGCCAGAUGGCAAACACACUCGAGACUUUACCCAAACUCCUGUCACUCUCUUCCGAUUCUCAGCCUUAACUUUCAAUGGCCACAAGAUACACUACAACAGAGAAUGGUGCAGAGAAGUUGAAGGUCACAGAGACUUGGUUGUUCACGGGCCAUUGAACCUGAUCAAUAUGGUCAACUUCUGGAGAGAUAUCAGAGGUGGCGAGGUCUUCCCCAAGAAAAUAACUUAUCGGGCCACAAGCCCGUUGUAUGCUGGUGAGAAGUAUAGAGUUGUGAUGGAUGAGGAACAUGAUAAAGUUACUGGAGUGAAGAUUGUCGAUAGUUUUGGUAAUACUUCAAUGGUAGGUCGAAUCGAAAGUAUAUAG